CUUGUAGUUGUAGUAGUAGAGCCAUGGCAUGUACUGUUAGUAAUGCCAUUUCGGCCAUCUUGACUCUAGCCAAGUCACCCCGGUCAGCCACGGCCUUGCUAUGCAGCCUGUCCCUGAUCGUUGCAAAAUGCCCGCUGCUUGUGUCGCGAGGGCACAGCUACGCUACGCCGGCCACUGAUACAACGUAAAUCCGAAUAGGUCGCUUGGUCAACAUCACUCUGCUUGUGGCGAAGCAGAGCCAAAUAGCUGACAGCUGCCGGCGUGCCUCCUGGCUAUAAAAGCCCACCGAAUCUUCCUGAGUUUUAUCAUCUACCGCCUCCACAUUCAGCGAAUCAAAGUCGACCAGAAGCAUUUACUGUCUCCUGAAGUUCAUUGUUCUGUAGACCCAGUCGUGAGGCAGCUAACCUUACAGAAACCGAGAAUGAAUAUUCCAAUGAAGGCUUGCUUAGCUACCCGCCACCUUUUGGGGGUAACCGCCUUGCUCGCUGUACUGUUUGUUUGUAUUGUUCCGUCUCAGUCCUCAUUGUCAAGCGCUCCCCAGUACAGAGGCAUUGACUCGGAGAAGCUAGCGGGUGUGCAGUACAUCCAUCUGAAGAGCCUCUACCACAACAGGCCCAGAUCGCCUCGUAAGUCGCUGGCCACCGUAUGCGCCCAGCCCAGGCCCGAUGACUCUCUGACUCCAUACCAAGAAGAGGAAACACAUAUUCUUGAUAGGUCCAGCGGCAAUUUCAGACAUUUUUGCAAGAGAACCACCAGUCGAGAAGUGCAGAUGAAGUUCAGCGAGCAUUGGCGUACGCCGGAGGGCCUGGAGGCCGCCCGCACGGUGCGCGCCUUCAAGCUCCACGUUUGCCUCCAUCCGAGUCUGAACCAGGACCGUCGGCACACUGUCACGCUCAGCGCUACCACCCUAGACGACGAGUUUAAACAGGUCGGGCGCACCAGUGAGCGCCGUCUACGUACCACCGCCGCACAGUGCGGGUGGUUUCACAACGACACGUGCACGUUCAGCACAACCAAUGCUGCCACCGGAAGAAGCAACCAGACCGAGUUCUCGGAGGAUUGUGUUUGGUCACAGAUCACGGUGACAAAGUCGGUGCGUAAAGCGCUGCUUACCCGACAUGAGUCUGUGAUUUUCUUCGUGACGUUGACAACUCCUAUUGCUGCUGAGUCGGAAACCUGCUACUCUCUGCGCUCGCCGAGCUCGCUAUACAGUACCAAGGAUAUGGAUAUCAACCGUCCAUUCCUGUCCUUCACGUACAAAGACUGGUUAUCGCCGCUAUCUGUGGCUGGUGCUCCUCCGAGCACUAGCACGGAGCGCAAUGGCGCCUGUGCCACGGGUAGCUGCAAGUUGCAACGCGUCGCACUCAAUGUAUCCGAGUUCAACAAGAACAACGACCUUCGACUGCAUCUGGCCAAGAGCACGGCUUCGGGUGCUUUCAAGAACGGUACCUUCGUCUACCACUACUGCGAUGGAGUGUGCCGACUGGACAAGGGCAGCACAAACGUCACGUUCGCAACUUUGUCCGAGCUCCUGGACACCCGGGAUCAUCAGUGUCAAGCUAUCUACAAGAAGGACCCUCUGCGCGUCCACGUAACUGUCGAGGCAGCCUACCGUAAUAACCUAAUGUCCAGUACGCGAUACUUCGUGCAGUACGACGCCGAGAGUUGCUACUGCCAUGGCCAUCGCGAAAACAGGCGCAAUCAGACAAGCACAAGGGCAUAACGGGUCACCUGUGAAAAUGCUCUGCAACUCUACAGCUUAGCAAUACAAUCAUGUAGUUUUACUCAGCUAUUACGUGGUAGUAUUGCUGAGAGAGUGCCAGCUGCACUGUACAAUGUACAAUGAUUAUGACUGUACAUGUAUUGCACCAACAGUGCGUCAUAAAAAUUGUAAAUGGUUUGCACGCGGCCAUGAGAUCCAUAGGAUUGUAGUAGCAGUAGUAAUCAUUUAUUUAUAGUGGAGAAACCAAAACAAUAACAAUGGACCCACUGUGAUUUGUAUAAUGCAGGCACCAUUACACAUACAUGUACAUGUACAUGUACAUGUACGUGUACAUGUACGUGUACAUGUACGUGUACGUGACAUUGAACAUGUGCAUGUACAUGUACAUUGUAGCUCUUAGAUACUCUAUAGGCUACCAUUUGAGCGAGAAUGACAUACAUGUAAGCACACCAGUAAAAUCACACUGCGCCUGUUUAGAAACGGGCCAUGCCGCUCAACUAAUGCCAUUGGAAUUGUUCACGCUAUAUCCUCCCUACUCCUUUAUACUGUACGAAAUGCCUGCCAAAUGCGAAGCUGUCAUACUCAUAGUGUCACAUACCAUGUACAUGUACAUGUAUAGAUGAUUUCUUUGAAGGGCGAACUUAAAAUUGCAGCGGCUUUUGGUUAUACUGCGCCAAGCACGGAGAAUGCCUUCAUGGCACGUACAUCGUUGCAGCGUAAUGUUUUUGUUCUGAGUUUCAUGCCUAAGCAAUCAUCAGAUAACUGCUGUUUAACCUGGAAUAAUCAACACAAUGUUAUUGCUUAUGUGUGAGUCUUGUGACUAAUUAUACAUGUACAUGACAUU